AUGGAGAGAUUACGUACAGCAUUUGGAUCACAUACAGCACUGAAAUACAACACACAUAGAGAAGAGCCAGCCAUGGAGCUGGUUCAGCAAAGCACAACCAACAGCCAGUCCACUGACUACAGCCAGCACUUUAGCCAUCAUCCGCUUCCCAGUUUUACAAAUACUCUGGCAUUGGAAAUACACCAUGAAGCUUUGUUUGAAUGCCAAGUGCUCUACAAGUGUAAAGUUUUAACAUUUUCAUCUUUUGAAGGCACACUGUUCAUCAGCAAGUUCAUCAGUAAAUCACCCGUAGAGGACAGGCAAAAAUCAUCAAACCUUCUUGAACAGCUGAGGAUGCAGGGAAUAAUUAAGAGCCAAAAUACCACUGCCAGAAUUGGAGAAGCAUAUGAGAACAAGGGAGAUGCCCUGGAAAAGACACUGAGGAAACCCCCAGCUAGGCUGGACAAGGAGGCAGGUGAUUUUACAGUGAAGGACAUGAAGACUUCUGUUGCAGCAAAGAAACAGGUUAAGGAAAAAGAACUGAACAAAAUGCCACAACACAUUAGAUAAUUUUUUCCCCCGGCAACUGCUCACCAAACCACAAGGAAACAGACUGAAAAGGACUGUCUAAGUUUUGAAAGUCAAGGAGGUACAAACCCUCAGUCCUCACCUUCAGAUGGUGAGCCAGGGCUACUGCUGAAGGAAGUAAGUGCAGUAGAAGCCACAAACAAUUAUACUGAGGACUCUGUCAUUGAGUCGGUAACUUAAAGCUGUGUCAAUGAAUCAAUAUGGAUCUAA